UCGGGGUAUUUACGAUGGCCAUACAGAAAGAACCUGGUCAAAAGGGUGUGAACUGGUCCAACAUCGCCGUCGGUGCCAUCAUGAAUAUGUUCGAGGUCACGACUCUUGGACAGCCUUUAGAAGUCCUCAAGACACAGAUGGCCGCUAACCGUUCACAGACGAUGUUGCAAGCCUGCAAAACGGUUUGGAGUCGAGGAGGUUUUGUUGGUUUCUACCAAGGGUUGAUCCCAUGGGCAUGGAUUGAGGCUUCAACAAAGGGUGCUGUGUUAAUUUUCACGGCAUCAGAGGUUGAAACGACUACAUUGUCCAUGGGAAUUAAUCCUGCCUUUGCCGGUCUCUUGGGAGGCAUGACUGGAGGUGUUACUCAAGCCUAUGCGACCAUGGGUUUCACAACGUGUAUGAAAACAGCUGAAAUAACGCGUCAAAAAACGGCUGCUUCUGGAGUGAAGGCCCCUUCAACGUGGGCACUCUUUGCUCAAAUUUACAAACGGGAAGGUCUGGCUGGUGUUAACAAGGGCGUCAACGCUGUCGCGGUGCGUCAGUGCACCAACUGGGGCUCUCGCAUGGGAUUCGCUCGCUUGACUGAAAUUUUCAUCCGGAAAGCCCGUGGCAAAGGCGAGAACGAUUCUUUGAACGCCUUGGAGAAAAUUGCAGCUUCAACUGUUGGUGGAACCCUGGCUACUUGGAAUCAACCGAUUGAAGUCAUCCGUGUCGAGAUGCAAUCCAUGGCAAAAGGCGCAGCGACUGCCAACCGGCCCGAGAAACUCACGAUUCUUAACACCUUGACCUACAUCUACAAGGAAAAUGGAAUCAAGGGACUUUACCGUGGCGUUACCCCCCGUAUAGGUCUCGGUAUAUGGCAAACUAUCUGCAUGGUUAGCUUGGCCGAUUAUGUCAAGAUUUGGGUCAAGGGGAAAUGAGGUUUUGUAUUAUAAUACCCUUAUCACACUUAGAUUAUUUACUCUACGAAUGUAGACUAUGUACUUAUUGCAUUUUUUACAUUUUGCCGGGUACCAAAUUUGUCUCCGGGCCGGAACCGGUUACCAUUGAGCCGGC